AGCGGAAAAGGUUGAGGGUUGGGGCGAGGGUGUCGUUUGCGCACGCGCUCGCAUGUCGUACGUAGUCGACCAGCCUUGCCUAGGAAAGAAGGAAAUGGUAAGGCUCCGUGUCUUCUUAAAGGGACAGGGGCCUUGAAAGGGUCCCCCCAGAGGAGGAAGACGCCGUGUAGCUACAAGCUGCCUGGUGAACGAGCAGAGUUCAACAGUGCUUUUCCAGCCGGAAGUGCAAGGACUAGUCAGCCCUGCCUGGUGAUGUUAUCCCUGCCUUGGCCAGUGGUGUAGCAGGGGAAGGAUUUCCUCUCGCAGCACGCUGACAUCACUUCCUCCUGAGCCUGCAGUGAACUUCAGAAGCACCUGGAAAAAAAGAAUGGAGCAGGAGUGCUUGGCUCUUGUUGCUGCCUGCAUUCAAACCUCCCAGUUGCUAGUGCAGCAAUGGAUGCUCAACAGGCGCACUGUGAUUUUUGCCAUAGCUAGGAUUCUGCAGCGGAGGCGCUUCCGCAGAUCUGCUGCAGUGCUGAGGCGUAUCCUCUCUGCUAGCGUCCGCCGCAAGAGAGCCUUGCUGCGGCUUCAUCGAAAUGCUAUUGUCUCAGUGGUCACCAUGGUGUAUUCGUCUUCUCCUGCUCUCCACUAUGAGCAUGAACUGAUGGCCUUGUCUGAGCGGUCUCACUGGAUGCUUCCAAGAUGCAGUGAGUGGUGGGAGCGGAUGAUCUCUUCAGAGCAGGAUGACAAGUGUUGGAUUUCUUUGUUCAGGAUGUCACGCUCCACUCUUAUGUAUAUUGCAGAGGAGUUGCGCCCUGCUCUGCAGCGGCGAGACACUGGAAUGAGGUCCCACAUCCCCGUUGAAAAAAGAGUUGCAAUGACCAUCUGGAAGCUAGCUCACCAUGAUAGUUAUAAGACUGUUUCUGAACUCUUUGGUGUUGGGAUUUCGUCUGCUUGCUCGAUAUUUGAAGAGGGCUUGCCAUGGUGAUCUGCCCCCUGCUGGGCUCCCUGCGUGUUUGUCUGGAGCGACACCCACCUCUGGUCACCUUCUUCUUCUGCCUCCUUUCGUUGGCUGUCGCCUUUGCCAGUUUUGCUGUUUAUAUCCAGUCCCAUGAUGUUCGGAACCCUGAUGUCAAAGAGGACUGGAACUCGCUCCUAACAUCUCUGGCUCACCUCAUGUUCUGUAUCCCAAACAAGACUCACGAAGAUACAUCAACAUUACCUCCCUCCGCAGCUGCUGAUUCCCGCACAACGGUCUCUGUUUUGGUUGGCUUAACCUUUGAGCACCAGAAUGGCACAGAUCCUCCCAAUGGCACACACCUGGCUCUGACGGUCAGGGGGACAAGGUUGGGUCUCAAGGGUCCAGAUGCCCAGGAGCCAAUCCACUUUUUGAUAGCCAUCAUGAACUCACUAUCCCAUGAGAGCUGCCUUAGUAUCAUCGCACCUUUGUCCCUUCUCCCCAAAACCAGACAGCCACCUAAAUGUGUGAUGGAGGAGCAAGACACACAUCUGGAAGAACCAGGCCUUUGCUACCAAUCACAUUACCAGGCUAAUCCUGCCCUGUCCAGCAUGCUGGACCAGGCAGAUCGUGCUCUCUGCAGCCAGCGUCUCCUGCUGACCAGUGCUUUCCUUCUCUGCCUCUGUACCAUGCUGUGUUGCAUGGCUGGCCUGUGCUAUCCUCUGCCCAGAGACAAGCGAGGGCAAAUCUAAGUAGGUAUGGCCUAUGCCACUCCCUCAGGCCUGUUCCAGAAAACCCAGGUGUCCUGGAUAAUUGUCCUUCCUGUUCUAAGCCCAUGGGUUACCCAACACUUGAAAUAUUGCAGUUCUGAUGCAAACCCAACUAUAAGAGGGAUUUCUGAGCUGUGAAUCAGAUUAAACCCAUCUUGAGUCACUGUUGGGGGGGACUGUCUGAAUCCUUGAUAGAGUGAAAUAAUGCAAUAAAUCAGGUA